AUGGUAUCCAGCGCGGAGACUACAGAUUAUGAAGCCGACGCCUUCGAGGACGCUCGUGACGCACAGGAUGCUGCCGACAUCUCGACUCCUAUCAGCACUACCCGGUCUCUAACAGAUCGACGGCCUUCAAACGGAUCAUUGCCUACUCCAAAAGCCAGCACAUUCUCUGCCGCAGAUUCUCCAGAUCCAGACGAAGAACCGCUCCAGGAUUCGCCAGCCUCGCCCCCGGAAGAUCGCACGUCGAAGAAACCAAAACAGCCCAAAUCUCCUCUCCUCACCACACACCGGUUGUCUACCUCUUCGUUAGACGAUAUCGUCCUUACGAGCUCCAAGGACGACGAGGCUACGAGUCCACCCACUUCUCACUCCAGCCCCGUUGCCGAUGCUCCUCCUCCCCUACCCACAAGAGAAUCUAAGCACGGCUCACGGCUUCAAGGUCUCUCCGCUACACUCCCUUCAGUCCCCUGGGGUCCUCCGCCUGUAAAUAGAAAUGCUCCUCCACCGUCGCAACCACCACCCUCCGCUCCAAGUAGAAAACUCACCAGCCCGUUUGCCUGGCUCUCCAGAGGGCAAAAUGCCCAGAAAGAAAACAAAACAGCGACAAGUAACCGGAGAAAUACCGGUGCAUCGGUCUCCACGACUUUGAGCAACCCUGACAUGCUGGCGCGCUUCGAUGGUAGCGAUGGAGAUGCAGGGAGUACAGAUUCACGGAAGCAGUUGCGGAACAGCCUGAAGGACCAAUUUAAGCUUCUCAGAAUGCGUGAAGAGGGCAGCGGAGAUGAUCAGGUCGCACUCGCAGAUGGCCAAGAAGAAAAGGGUUCUGGUAUGCUAAGUACACCUCCAAGUGUGCCCGACCUGGAUACUACCUCGCCCCAACCUUCUCCUUUGCCGUCUCCUCUACCGUCAACGAUAAAUCCAAACCUUGCUCCUGGAACGGUUGCCGGGAUCUCAGCCUCUGCUACGGAUGCCGCAGCACCUGUAAACUGGGAACUAUGGCAGCAGGUCGUAAACCAGGGCCUGGAAGCGUUCAGUGGAACCAGUGCGGAAGAGUUGAAUUUGGCUAUUAGACGAGGGAUUCCCCAGACUAUUCGAGGUGUUAUUUGGCAGGUUCUUGCCGAUAGUAGGAACCCCGAUCUUGAGGAUGUGUAUAGAGAACUUUGCACACGGGGUACCGAUAAAGAACGCGUAAAACAUUGGGGCACGCCAUCUCCCGCUUCUCUGAACGGCCAAACAAAUGGAGGGCCAAAGGAGAAAGGCUCGUCGCCAUCAUCACGCUCCUCACUUCAUUCGGAUAAUUCUACACAGUUUCCAGCGCCAUCGAUAUCCGAGAAAGAAACAGAGGCCAUGACCAAAGCACAAGCUGAGUUGGAGGAGACACGAAAGAAAAAGGCAAAGGAAGAUGCUGCUGCUCUUGUUAAGCUGGAGAAGGCUAUCAGGCGGGACCUGGGCUCUCGAACCAGCUACUCGAAGUAUUUCAUGUCACAACGAAACCAAGAAGCGCUAUUUAAUGUUUGUAAAGCUUACGCUUUGUACGACGGUGGAGUUGGCUACGCCCAGGGAAUGAAUUUCAUAGUGAUGCCUUUAUUGUUUAAUAUGGACGAUGGGGAGGCUUUUGCACUUUUAGUGAAGCUUAUGAACAAAUACGGACUACGAAAUAUGUUCAUUCACGAUAUGCCCGGUCUUCACCGCCAUCUUUACCAGUUCGAACGCCUGCUGGAAGACUUGGAGCCCGCAUUGACUUGCCACCUCCGUCGUCGUGGCGUUAGCCCCCAGCUUUAUGCGACACAGUGGUUCCUUACACUAUUCGCGUAUCGCUUCCCAUUGCAGCUUGUACUCCGUAUUUAUGACCUGAUAUUCGAGCAAGGUCUUGAGAGUGCAAUCCUUCGUUUCGCUGUUGCGAUCAUGCGCCGUAACGUCGAUGCGUUACUCGGGAUGAGCGAUAUGACUUCGCUAACAAGCUUCCUAAAGGAAAAGCUAUUUGACGUAUACAUCGACAAACAGCCGUCUGCCAGCUCCAUUCUUGAGUCUGGUUUCUUUGGAAGUUCUGGGGCAAGCGACAAGGAAAUCUAUCGAGCAGAUAUCAUGGUUGAGGAUGCAUGCGCGAUUAAUCUUACACCUGAGAUGAUCCAGACAUAUAAUUCCGAAUGGGAAGAGAAGACUCGCGCAGAAAAGGAGUUAGCUGCUGAGAUAGAAGGGUACAAACACACCAUAGCCACGCAGGCAGCGCGGAUCCGAUCACUUGAAGAGCAUGCAGAGAAGUCGGACAAAGAACAUGUCCAGAUUGCAUCGGAGCUGGUACGCAUUAAGGUUGAAAAUGAAGAGCUAAAGGAUUCGAACGAGGGUCUCAAAGUCGAAGUUGCCGAGCUCAAAGUGGUAGUCGAUCGUCAGCCAGCUGAGCUAGAAGAGAAGUUAAGAACAGAAAUGGACCGCAUUAUGAAACGGAAUAUCGAAGUCCAGAACGAAAAUAGGGCAAUGGAGGAGCAGAUGGCGGAGAUGGAAAAGGAUCUGGUGGAGGCAAAGAUGAAAUGGGCAGAGAUCUCGGAAAACCAUGAAACGCUCAAGCAGAAGUGGAGUGAUUUGCGAAAGGCCUUGGAUGGUUAGACAAAUCCCCGACUCCUGCCGCUCGAUCACGUUUUGUGUACAUGUUAUGCUUCUUGGCUGCGCUGUGUUUCGGAGGUUUGAACACAGGUGAUGCCUGCUCUUGAGGAGCAUGCUGUCCCAUUAGAAACUGCCGACUGGGCAAAGACUACCCCAAAGGACAUGUACAGAGUAUGCAUACCUACAUUGAGUCCAACAUAUGUUUCCAUACCAUUGUCUUUUUAAAUCAGCUUUUUUUU